CAGUGUUGCCGAUAUUUGUUAGAUACAAGUUUUGUCUCUCAAGUCUCAAGUUGAGAGCUUCAUCUCAGACUGAUCCUAUUGCAUGGCUGCUCACCUCAGUCCUUGUUCGUCUUCUUCAACCUCAUUAGCACCCGCUUCAUUCAAGAACAAGACUACCCACUUCACCAAGUUCAUCACUUUGUUAAGAGAAGGUCAAGGUCAUUCCCCAAGAUGGGUCUCUCACUCUCUCUCUCAGAUUCGCCCCAGAAAUCAAUUUCAGCUCAAAUCCUCAAAUGAGCUUCCACUCAAUGCUAUUGCUGGCGAUGGAAAUUUUGAGUCUCCUGGCAAAGAGGGUUCCAUUCCUGUCUUAGAUUCGAACAACAUGGAAUCUAAGUUGAGCAUAACUGUUGUUGGUGCUUCUGGAGACCUUGCCAAGAAGAAGAUAUUCCCAGCGCUUUUCGCUCUUUAUUAUGAAGAUUGUCUACCCGAGGAUUUUAUAGUGUUUGGUUUUGCUCGAACUAAAUUGACUGAUGAAGAGCUAAGGAACAUGAUUAGCAGAACCUUGACUUGCAGAAUAGAUAAGAGGGCAAAUUGUGAGGACAAAAUGGAUAACUUCUUGAAAAGAUGCUUCUACCACUCUGGUCUGUAUAAUUCGGAGGAGAAUUUUGCAGAAUUGGAUAUCAAGCUGAAAGAGAAGGAGGCCGGAAAAAAGUCAAAUAGGCUGUUUUACUUAUCAAUACCUCCAAACAUAUUUGUGGACGUGGUGAGAUGUGCUAGCCUUAGAGCUUCUUCAGGAAAUGGGUGGACUAGGGUUAUUGUUGAGAAGCCGUUUGGUCGUGACUCUGAAUCUUCUGCGGAGCUAACCAGAUCUUUAAAGCAGUACCUUGCUGAAGACCAGAUAUUUAGGAUUGACCAUUACUUGGGAAAGGAGCUUGUCGAGAAUCUGUCAGUGCUCCGCUUCUCGAAUCUUGUUUUUGAGCCUGUCUGGUCACGUAAUUACAUUCGGAAUGUGCAACUGAUUUUUUCUGAAGACUUUGGCACAGAGGGAAGAGGAGGAUACUUUGAUAAGUAUGGAAUCAUACGGGACAUAAUGCAAAAUCAUCUUCUGCAAAUACUAGCGCUGUUUGCGAUGGAAACACCUGUUAGCUUAGAUGCUGAGGACAUCAGGAAUGAAAAGGUAAAGGUUCUUAGAUCAAUGAGACCACUGCUGCUUGAAGAUGUAGUUAUUGGCCAAUAUAAGGGCCACAACAAGGGCGGCAAAACAUUUCCUGCUUAUAUAGAUGACCCAACUGUGCGAAACGACAGUCUCACCCCUACAUUUGCAGCAGCAGCUCUCUUUAUUGAUAAUGCCAGGUGGGAUGGGGUUCCUUUCCUGAUGAAAGCAGGAAAGGCCCUCCACACUAAGCGAACAGAGAUCAGAGUUCAAUUCAGACAUGUCCCGGGUAACCUGUACAAGCGAAAUUUUGGGACUGAUUUAGACAAGGCUACAAAUGAGCUUGUGCUUCGUGUACAACCUGAUGAAGCCAUACAUUUGAAGAUCAACAACAAAGUCCCCGGUCUGGGAAUGAGACUAGAUCGAAGUGAGCUAAACUUGCUUUAUUCGGAUAGGUAUCCAAGAGAAAUACCAGAUGCGUACGAGAGGCUACUGUUAGAUGCAAUUGAAGGGGAACGAAGGUUGUUCAUAAGGAGUGAUGAACUCGAUGCUGCUUGGUCACUAUUCACACCGUUGUUGAAUGAGCUCGAACAGAAGAAGAUUGUUCCUGAGCUAUACCCCUAUGGUAGCAGAGGGCCAGUAGGACCCCACUAUCUUGCUGCAAAGCACAAUGUUAGAUGGGGAGAUCUUGGAGAGGAUGAUCUAUGAAGUGUGAAUCUCUUAAUUCUCAGGUUCUGCACGAUUACAACUGGUUCUUGUUCCCAUUUCCGCCGUUGAUAAUUUUUAUUCAAAUGUACUUGCUGAGAAUGUUGGUUUCUAAUCAUGAUUUGUGGUGCACUGUCAUUAGAAAUUGUUAUCAUGGGGAAGUGCAAUAAAACUGUUUGCAAAUUAAGGCAGCAAAGCAAUAACUUAGUAGUUGAUUAUUGAAAUGAAAUAGCUGAUGACCACACAA